GAUCAUAGAAGAUUUGGUGUGGAUAUCUGUGAUACCAAUUUCAAAAUUUCUCUCACGUCACCAAAGUGUACAACAAAACAACCAAUUUUCGUUUCCUCAAAAAUUAAGUCAUGUAAUAAAGGAAAAUUUCCCACAAACCAAACCAAAAAAAUACUUGAAAUAUCUACGAAACAUGAAUCUUACGUAAAAGGGAUCCAAGAUGAAUCUUUUUAAGAAUUUGGCAAUAGGGGUAGCGAGAUCUAGCCAGAGCUUGAAGAAGUUUUCAGCACCUAUCAAAAGUUUUGAUCCGAGGCUUUAUAAUCGCUUUAUCUGCCAACCAAUGCCCACAGUGCCUAUCAGAAGUUAUAGUAGAAAACCUUCAACCUGUGAUGUCUGCUUGUAUCCACCAGAUAAAAGACCAUGCUUCGAUAUCAGAAGCGUCACUGUGGAACGCGGUAACGCCUGCCACGCGCGUAUGAUCCGGUCGUUCCUCUACACGCACUUCUGGCCGCGGGAGCCCAGCGUGGCUGCUCUGUGGAUGUCUUUGGACUGUCCCUACCUGGACAUCCUCACCGACAAGUAUUCUAACUCUGGUGAUCGUCUCCUUGCUUUUGAGCACAUGGCCCGAACUGGUGAGCGUCGGCUAGUAGGCGUCAGCGUGGCCAACAAGAUCAACCCGUGGGUGGCAGACGAGCUCGAAGACUGGGCUCAUUUCACGUACUCGCAGCCUGAACGGAACAGAAUGUACUUCUGCGCCCACUGCUAUCGAAGCCCUAACUUCUUCGACAAGUAUGACGUGCCGUACCUCUAUGACGUGGAAGUACUAGCAACAGCCGCUGAAGUCACUGGGCAGGGCGUGGGUACUAUGAUUCUGAAAACAUUGCUUGAACAUGCGCAAGAGUUGCGACAUCCACUUGUAACUGUCAUCGCUACCAGUCAAUACACGUCAAAGAUCUGCGAGCGAUGCGGCAUGAAGCGUGAGUGGACCAUGGACUACUCGGACUUCGUGGACGACAAGGGGCAGCGCGUGUUCUUCCCACGACGGCCGCAUCAUACCGUCGCCAUCUACACCAAGCACCACGACCCCAAGGUGCCACCGCCGGUGCCUUGCAAGCCGCCGUAUUGAACACCUGGGAGUGCAUCGAGUAUAUCAGCAAUGCCUAUAGAGAAUGUACCAUACUGCCGAGUUCAAAUCGAUAUGAUCGCAUACAUUAACUUUCUGAAGCUAAGUUGCAGCUGUCACAAAAAUGAACUUGUGUUGAAAAACAAAAUUUGAGCCAAACAGAAUCGCUCUCUUGAUAAAUUAAGACCAUUUACACUACUUUCAACUGUAUGUAAAGCUGAAGAAGAGAUUAAAUUAAAUCUUUCAAUUUCUAAAAAGGAGCGUAAGUUUGAAGCAUUAGAAUUUCGAUUCACAUUCGAAUGCACAGAAAAUACGAUUUUUGAGAUUUCGUAUGCUGAUCAAAAUUAAAAUGAUUCAAAAAUACGUAACAGAAGGGGAACAGCUUUCAUGAUUACAAAGAAUUCAGAACCAUACAGGAAUGUAAGACUGCAUGCACCUCACACACACACACAUCUAUAUUAUUGCUCAUAAUACAACUACAUUUAUGAGCACAGUGUGUAGCGAGAUGUGCCGUCGUUCCUAGGUACAUGAAAAUGAAACAUUUACAAAACAUCACUCAGUUGAGGCUUUACUUUGAUAUUGUGUAAAAUUUAAAGGCAUCUUGCUAAGUUUUU